AGUGUUAAUUAAGUAAAUUACUUAAGAAUGUAUUUAGUUUACUUAAUAAUUACUUAGGUGAAUGGUGGCGUUUUGUUGCUGUUGUCAGUGAUUUGAAAUGGUCUGAGGGUUUCAGGCUGAUCAGGUAAUUCAACAAAGGGAAGGUGCCCUAAUUGAAUUGCCUUGAUCAGAUUUCAGAUUCAGAUUUCAUUUCUCUCUCCAACCAAGGUUUUCAUAAUGGCUGAUGAGUAAGUAUUGUUAUCUGGGACAAUAGGUCGGCUUGACUGUUAAUUAAUUAUGCAUAUAGCUCCUCUUCAAGUACAUUUUUUAAUAAUACCGCUUUAAUGAUUAUGUAUAGCUCAAUCUCAGUGUGUUAUCUGUUUAAAAAGACAUAAUAUUAUCUGUUCUAAAUAUACUUAGCAUAAGCCUUGUUAUAACGAAGUGGACCUAUUGUCUUGAGAUGACAAGCCAUUUGAGUCUGACAGCAGCAUGAUGUAGCCUAAGUAAUAAUGUAUGUAAUGUAAGUAUAUAAUAACUGCUUUUGGGAGUAUGAUACGUGUGUCCUACCUAUUACUUGAGAUGAUAAGGAAUUUGAGUCUUACAGUAGCAGCAUGUUGUAGGCCCUAGUUAUAAUGUAUGUAUGUUAGAAUAACUGCUUCUGAGGGUACGAUACGUCCGUUCUACCUGAUUGUGGAUCUCUUGCAAUUUACAUUCCUUUGCAAAUGACACAUAAUGACCCUGUUAAGCUGCCAGUUAGCCAUACACUGAGCUAAAACUAAGGGGAUGCUACAAUGCUAUCUGCGGCAGAAUGGCUUUUUCCUGUAGUGUCCUUGCCCUAAUCCAUGGGUAAAAUUAUGAUGGGGCUUGGGGACUGCGUCCGUCCGUCCGUCCGUCCGUCCGUCCGUCCGUCCGUCUCUGUCUGUCUGUCUGUCUGUCUGUCUGUCUGUCUCCUAUUACAAUGUAAUGUACCUCCAGCAGGUUACAAAUAGUUUUUCUUUUUACUAAUGCUAUUUUUUUAACUUAUGUGUCUCCCUUGUCUUUUUGUGCCCAUAAACCUGUUCAAAUUUAAGUGAGGUAAGUAUUUUAAUGUUUAUAAAUUCACCAUCAUCACGAUCAUCAUCAUCAUGACCAUCGUCAUCAUCAUCGUAUUAGAUUUAGGACAGGAAAAUUCUUCAUUCUAUUUUGACUUGUCUGUUAUGCCAAGCAUUUCUUUCACGUCUAGUUGAAUCUUACAUGCAAUUUUGAACAAAGUCAAAUCAAUCAAGAGACACGUUUUUCAGACUACCUCUCAUAGAAGUGUGUAUACCUUGAUAAUUUUGAACAAUGUCCUGACAUGUCCCCUCUGUCCCUGUAGGAGCAAGACAAACCCAGGCCAAUGAAUCCCAAGUUAAUUGAAAAGCCGAAGUCGAAGAUUACGGCUUCGCGUAAACUCUCCCUGAAGAUCAUGCUGCUCACCAGGGCGAUGGAGCAGCUGGAACAGGAGACGCAGGACAGGGAUGAGGAGAAACUGAGCUACCUGGGAGAGCGACUGCCCCCCCUGCAGUUCUCUGGACUGUCAUUGACUGAGCUACAGGACCUAUGCAAGCAGCUCCAUGGAAAGAUAGAUGUGGUAGAUGAGGAGAGAUACGACUGUGAGGCCAAAGUGACCAAGCACAACAAAGAUGUAAGUCUUCGGCCCUUUGGGUGAGAUGUUAUCCUCAGGUCCUGCCUCUUGUGGUGGCAACAAAUGGGUGUUAGUCUC